CCAGGCAUCCGACCUUCGACACCCCUCCACACCCAACCCAUCCAUUCCGAUCCGAAAUGGCCCUCAAGCGCAUCAACAAGGAAUUGCUCGAUCUCGGACGUGACCCACCCGCUUCCUGCAGUGCCGGUCCUUGCGGCGAUGAUCUCUUCCACUGGCAGGCUACCAUCAUGGGACCCUCGGACAGCCCUUACAGUGGCGGCGUCUUCUUCCUGUCAAUCACCUUCCCCACCGACUACCCGUUCAAGCCCCCGAAGGUCAGCUUUACAACCCGGAUCUACCACCCAAAUAUCAACAGCAACGGUAGCAUCUGUCUGGAUAUCUUGAGGGACCAAUGGUCACCAGCACUCACCAUCUCCAAGGUCCUGCUGUCGAUCUGCUCGAUGCUCACGGAUGCCAACCCGGACGAUCCGCUCGUCCCCGAGAUUGCGCACAUCUACAAAACAGACCGUGCUCGCUACGAAGCCACUGCCCGUGAGUGGACCCGCAAGUACGCCAUGUAAAAAGAGAAGCUCGAGAGAUUGUUUGUGGGUGUGAUGUGUUGAUUGUUGAUAUGCAAAAUAUACAGUCUUUCCAAAAA